GACUGGUGGAAGCUGAAGGCACCCUGGGUGGGUGUGCGGAGCUGGGCGUGUCCAAGGGUGGCUUCUCGGUCCUCUUGUUUUAGACGCCCUCUCCCGCCAGCCGGCGCUGCCUAGACCAGGAGUGUCGUGGUACGCCAUGUUCAUGUCGACCUGCAGGGUGGGCUCCGUCCAUCCUGGCCGGGCUGCAGCUGGCCCCUGUGCCUCAGGAACGUGCUGAACAGGCUCAGGCUGUCUGCUGGCCACUGCGGAGCAAGCAGCCUGUGGGCAGCUGUGGGCCUCAGAGCUGUCUCGCCCUCCAGUGCAGGCCACAGGGGCAGGGAGGUCCAGGGAGAGGCAGGGCAGAGGGGGGGAAGGGCGGCCCUGUUUGCAGCCAGGCAUCCAAGGAGGGCUUGUUCCCCGUCCCCAGGCAUCUACCGCUCUGUCCAGGCACGCGUGGGCCCUGGGGUGACCAGGAGAAGGAGACACGCUCCUGCCCACGGGCAGCCUGCACUCCAGUGGCCCCGAGAGAGGCAGUUUCACUCCUUUGAAAUCACAGCAGUUUCAGGAAGUGGCCGGUGUGGUGACCGUGGCCACCCAGUCAUGUGCUAGAGGUCAGCCAUGGUCGUAGGCUCUGCGACCACCCGGGAGAGGACCCGGGAGCCGUGGCCUGAAGGGGCAGAUGUGCUGAGGCGGAGGGACUGGUACAGAGGCCCUGGGGAUGAGCUGGGCGCAAAGAGUCCAUGGACAGCCAUCAGCUGCUGGUCACCAGGAGGUGUGGGCAGGAGCUGGGCCUGCAGACCAGGGAGGUGGCCUGCAGGGGAAGGAGCCCUGCCCAGCAGUGCUGUGGGUGGCCAGAGCACAGGGUAGUGGAGACCGCAGGAAGGAGACUCUGGGCAAGUAACAGUCCUUAAGCAUGAGCCACUCACUAAGGGGGUGCUCACGGCCGACAGCAGCAUCUUACGCCUCUGUGAAUGACCGUCCUCCUGCCGCUGGGCCUGGGGUGAGGUAGCCAUGACAGGCACGAGGCACGGCCUGCUCACCAGAAAAGAACUCAAGGCACUGGCCUCAUCCCCGAAUCCCUGUCCAUAAAUCUCACCACAGCACCUGACCCGCCGUCUCUUGGAGGAUGGUGAAAUCAUGGGAACGUUCUGGAACUCCCCCAGGGCUGACCCAGGAAGCCCUCUGCUGUGUCCCCAGGGCAGUUGGGCUGACAGCCAGAGGGGCGCCACCUGUCUGCUCUCUGGGGGCUGGCGGCUAGGCAGAGCCCGGCUGGCUUCACCACUGUCUCAGAUGGCCUCGGUCAAAGGCCACGCAGCCUCAGAGCCACAUGACUCCCAUGGCCACAAAGGACCCUCAGGCAGUCCAGUCCAAACAAGUGGCGCUCACCACCAGAGGGGUGCAGUCGGGUGCCGGUGGAUGGGCCUCCGCGUGCAGCCCAGCCCUGCUGCUGCGGCGCAGGUGGGAGGGCACAUCAUCAACCUGCGAGGCUGGGCCUCAUGGCCCUGAGUCAGGCCACCAGAAUGUCCCCACAGUGUGCUGUCAGCCUGGCUGUUAUCCUAAUGACUCAACCUGAGAAGUCAGCAAGACGCUUGAAAUAGCCCAGCCACCCGCAGGCCAGCACUGUGUGGCCACACACUCCCUGAGGGCUUCCAUCCUGGGUCUCCUGCCACCAGGUGAGGCUGCCCGAGCCGUCCAGGAAGCCAGGCCUCCCGCCCACCUCCGCAGGCUUGUGGCUCCUGGAAGCCCUCCGGGGACGACGUGUGGCCCAGCCUGGGCCCUGGGCUGAGGGCUGGUUCUGGCUGCUCCCAUGGGAGGGUCUCAGGCCCACGACCCAGGGUCACAGACACGCCCUGAGCGAGGUCCUGUGUACACCCAGGGUGCAGACAGAGGCUGUCCCGAGAGACCAGAGCCAUGGAGCAGGUGUGCGUGGCCAGUGUGAAGGACAGACCUGGGGCCAGGACACGUCUCUCUCAGAGCGCUGGGCUAGUCAGCCUUCCCUCACUGUGACAGCGGCCAGGGACGGCUCCUGUGGAAGAAAGGAAGGGGCAGAGGGAAGCAGCCAGACAGCAGGACCCGGUGCAGGAGGGCAAGAGCCCUGGGAAGGCUGGUGGGUGAGUGCACUCAGGGCCACGAGGACCCAUGACUCUCUGGAGGGAGAACAGUCCCCGCUGCUGGUGCGGCAGAGCUAAGAAGGGGGCAGGCAAGUGGGCGUGUUCCCUGGGGACGGAGUGGUCGUAGCUCCCACCUGUGUGCCCGGGGCUGGGGUGCCCUCAGCCAGGCAGGACAAACACGAGGAGGACUUUGGGGAGCUGGGUUCGGGUGCCUGGGUGUGCCUGUGGGAACCCAGCUCUCAGCCAGGGACAGAGCUGAGCAGCUGCCAGGGGCCACCCCAAGGUGCCGAGCCUAAACGGCCACCAGUUAGAGGCUGCAAUGUCUCCUCUGUAGCCUGGGAAACGCAGAGACAUUGCUGACCCUCGAGCCAGCCCACUACCAAGGGUGCCACAGACCACAGCACUGUCUCCUGCAGAGAUGGGGUGGGGCCUCAGCCCAAGCAGCUGUGCACACCCUGAGAGACCACUGCCCGGCACCGAGACCUGAGGUCCUCUGCCUUGGGGAGACUGGCGGGGGGCCCGGGGCAGCAGGGUCAGGGGAGCCCGAGACGGCUCUCUGGUGAUGCCCGGCCAGGCCAGCCUCCUCUCUCCCCAGAGCAGCCUCCCAGGGACCCCACCAUGUGGGAGGGAUGUGUCCACAGAGCGCCCGUGGGGAGAGGCCUCUCCCACAGCCUGCUCAUGGCCAGCAGGUCCCGAAAGCACAAGCAGGACACCAGCUAUCCAUAGCCACCCCGAGGCCUGCGCUCCUCUGUCUCUCCCAGAAUGAUGACCAGGGCAGUCGAGGGCCAGUCCGGGUGUAUCUGCCCCCUGGGUGCGGUCACCUCUGCUGUGGUCAUGGAGCUGCGGCACGUGGCUGCUGUGUAUUCCGGCUGGAGCUCUCACUAGGCCGCAUCCCUGCAGACGCACAGCCAUCUGAGGCCUGGGGAGAUGGGACACGCCGCGAAGGCUCUGUCAGGGGCUUGGUGGCAGCACCGUGGCUGUGGCCGCUCCUCUCCUCGUGUCGCCUGCCUGCGUCUCCUCACUGGGACAGACAGCUUUGAGGGAGGGCUGUGUAGAAGACAGGUGCACUUUGGCUCACAGUCACUGAGGCCCAGUCGGUGGUGGGCUGGCCCUGUGGGUGGCUCGGGCCUAUGGUGGCACUGGACACCACUCAGGAGCUGGAGGUGAUCUCGUCACCUACAGCCCAGCUACUCAGGAGGCUGAGGCAGGAGGACCCUAAGUCAGUUCCUGGCCAGCAACAUGGCAAAGUCUUGUCUCAAAAGAAAAAAGAAAGGCUGUUUCCCAAGGCACCUCCAGGUCCGGGAGGGAGGCGUCCUCUGGGGCCUGAGGACAGAGCCCUGGCCAGCCUGGGGCCCUCUGCUCCACGCUGAGAUCCUGCCCCAGGACGGGGUGGUCUCAGGGCCAUGUCUCUGCAGCCACAGGUGCUCGUCCAUAAGGUGAGCAGGGGACGAGGCCGCUCCCCUAUCCCACCAGGGCUGGCUCCGGAACAGGUUUUUAAAAGGAUGUUGUAUGUGGCUUCCACAAACAGCAGAAAGGUGAAGUCUGUCCGUCUGCACGUUCCCCUGCAGUCUGUCUCAGCAGGGCCAGUCUCUGCUGCUCACUGCUGUGAGCGAGUGGAGUGUGGCCGGGCCCUGGGCAGUGCUCGUGCUGGGCACCAGGGCCUCUCAGCUCUUUAACACUGGGGUGGUGCCGUGGAGACCCUCAUGCAGGACUGGAACCUUGUUCUGGCCUCUGGUCGUCCCCUAGAAUGCACAGCCAGCAGGAGCGGCCGCAGUGCCUACGCCCUGGACCUGCCUUUCCGGGGCUGCCUCCGAGUUGUGAAGAGCCAGCCCUGCAUCCAGCUGGGUGUGGGGCGGUGGGUGCCAGAGCCCACCUGCAGGCCCCUCCAGCCCGGGGCUUCUCUGGGAGCCCUCAGACCUCCACACUGUGACCACUCUGGGCACACAUGUCCACCACAGCAACUCAUGCUGCCAGGAGCCCGUGGGGCAGCCGUCAGCGGCUCUCUCGCACCGAGGCUCGGGCUGCAACUCAGGGUCACGUAGGAGGCACACGGCAUUGGUGUCGUCUUUCCUAUUUAAAGCUAGAUGUGCGCACAGAUGACAUAGAUUUUCAUACUUGAUUUUUUUGGCUUAUUUGUAAAAGCAAAAUAUAACCUUUUUUAUUUAAAAGUACCUGACAUAUGCAAAGUGGCUUUUCCAAACUGGGUUGGAGCAGUUGAUGAGGGUGGAAUUCCCACAGCCCUCAGAGCAGGAAACUUAGAAGUCAGUCUAUUAACAGGGGACUGUGGCCAAGAAGAGCCACAGGCGAGGACGCAGGGACGGCCUCGGCCCACCCCGAGCUCUUCCUGCUGGGCCAGGCCCUCGGGGUGUGGGCCUCCCCGUCAGUGUCCUCCAGAUAAGUGGUCAGUGCUGAUAAAAUGGGUCACCACCAGUUUUCUCCACGCAGGCCCGAGCGCAGCGGGAGCGGCGGUGGCCACACGCCCAUGGAGGCACACGUCCUGAGGAGGAAGAUCAGCCGCACGUGCGACGAGGGGGCCCGCGCCCUCCUUGGCAGCCUUCUGGCCUACGUCACAGACCGCGCAGGCGGGCCCCCAGGCCCAGCGGACCCAGGGCCCGCGGGGGGCUGCUCGCCUCCGUCUCAGGAGGCCGGCCGGAGGCCCACGCGCUUCCAGCUCCUACAGGCCAAGUUCAUGGGCACCGGCCGGGAGCACCACCUCAAGAGGACCAGGGAGGUGGGCAGGCUCAUCUCCAGGGACAAGCAGGGUCCCAGCAGGAGCCUGGUGAGUGCCACCAUCAACAAACUGCUGGAGAAGACCCAGGCGGGGGCCAGCUGCCCGGGCCAGAGGCCCCUGGCUGGGGAGAAGCCCCGCUGGGCCCCCCCUGGUGGGAAGGGCACAGUGAAGCGCAUCCUGAGGAAGUUCCUGGCUGCGGAGGAGAAGGAGAAGAAGGAGGAGAAGGAGGCAGGAGCGGAGCCCCCUGGCCGGCAGCCUGGGGCCGCCCGGGGCCUCCUGCCAAGGACGGGGGGCAGGAGCACCAUCCUGCGCCAGCUGCGAGAGAGGUUUGAGCAGAGCGGCUGCCUCCGCUCAGAGGCCAGCCUGCUGCCCCUCCACAGGGAGGGGCGGAGGGGCCUGCAGAAGAAGACGCACAGGCCGGAGCUGCGGGUGCUGCACACCGCCACCAUGGCCAUCAGCUGUACCAGGACACCCCCUGCCCGCUUCCUGGCCUGCACGGCCGAGCCCCUGCCCGCCCUCAGCAUAGCCACGGUGGUCUGCAGCCCCCGGAGCUGGCUGUCUCACUGCGCAAAGGUCAGUCACUUGGAGUCCAGGCGUUGGCCCAGGAGAGACAUCAGCAUGUCCCCGGACCCAGAGGGCACCGACCCUAGCAGGGACAAGAUGCCAGAAACAGGGGUCUUGAGCCAGGAGUCCAGAGGACAACCAAAGCCCUCAAAGUCCUCCGUGACCCAGGUGGCCGCUCCCAGGGACAGUCCCCUGGCUCUGAACCCCACCCAGGGCAUCCCCCAGCAGGACUCUGCCUGGGCCUCCCAGGAAGCCCUGCCUGACCACAUGCCCCUGUCACCCCCAUUCAGAGCAGCCAGCCCCAGGGGGGCUGGGCCAGCUGAAGGGGACAAGACAGCAGAGGGGCCGGCGGGCCGCCCCUGGGGGCUACAAGAGGAGGGCGCAGGGGAGGUCCCUGAAGUCACCAUGACUGUGUGCAGUUCUGAGGACGAAGCAGAAGGCUCGCUCCCAGCCUCAGACAGAGAGCCCCUCUUCGCCACCCAGAGGCACCUGCCAGAGCAGGGGCCAGCGGCUCCCAUCCCCCCGCUGGCCGCUCCCAGAGUCCAGGCUGCACGGCGAGCACAGCCUGCCCUGGAGUCUCCACCCCUCACCGUGCGGCUUCCCGUUGUCCACGAAAUGCCAGCCCCUCCAGGGCCUCUGCAAAGCACGUGGCCGGGCGGGGACAGGCGGCCCCCGACUUCAGGAGGGCACACUGCCCGGGCCAAGGCAGGGGCAGUGCUUCCCCCUGCCACUGAGGACAGGGAGGCUGGCCUGGCCGCAGGGGGGCUGAGCCCCUCCUGCAGGACCUCCAAGCAAGGAUCCCCAGAAUCCCCGAGGGUCACUGCCCCCGUGGGCCCUGGGGACCAACAGCCGCUCCCGACGGUCCUGACGGCCAACUCUCCACAAGGUACCCCUGCUGGGAAGGGGAGCACACACAGCCCUGUGAGCGCCAGUGAGGGCAGGAACCCCAGAACUGCUUCAGGACAGGGUGCUCCUGAGCUCAGCUGCCAGCGGCCGCCCCCGUCUGACCACCCUGACCACGGCACCCCACCAGGUUCUUCCACCGGCGCGUGGAAAAGCCCUCCAGGACACAGCACCUGCUCCACCUCUGGCAGCCAGCAGGGACCCGGUUCCAGGGAGGGAGGCGCCGGGGCAGCCCCUGCCCAGGAUUUCAGAGGACCUGAGAGUCCCACCACGAGUGACAGGAGAGUCCUGUGUGGGCAGGAAGACAGCAAAGGUCCCGAGGCAGAGGCAGCCCCGCCCCCGGGGAUGGCCCAGGAAGAUGCCCGCUAUGAUUGGGGCAGGAAGAGCCUGGCCCUGCUAGAUGAGCCACCCAAGCCCAGUGGCAGAGCCUGCAGGGCCACAGCACCUGGAGGGAAGGUCCCAAGAUCUACAGGGGACAGGAAGGCACCACCAGGGGACGCCUGGGUCCCCGAGGACAGGAGGGCACCUGCAGCGAUCUCCAGGGACCCCGAGGACAGGAGGGCACCUGCAGGGANCUCCAGGGACCCCGAGGACAGGAAGGCACCACCAGGGGACGCCUGGGUCCCCGAGGACAGGAGGGCACCUACAGGGAUCUCCAGGGACCCCGAGGACAGGAGGGCACCUACAGCGAUCUCCAGGGACCUCGAGGACAGGAAGACACCUCCACCACCCGGGAGUGCCCAGGACCCUGAGAAGAGGACAGCACUGCUGGGGGGCGUCGGGGACCCCGAGGACGGUCCUAGGGCAGAGUGCAAGGGUGCAGAGGAACACAGAGUGCAGUCGGCUCGCCAUUGUGCUGCCACAGGAAAUGGGCUCCUGGGAGAGACUUGGCCCCCAGAACCUUGCUGGCACCGUUUCUUGACACCCGGCGAGUCCUCCAAACACAAGAGCCGAACUGCAGAGGGGGGCGUCUGGGAGGAGAGGCCUGGGCAGCAGCCCCCAACAGAGGUGCCCGUGCCUGCUGGGCCAGAGGAGGCCUUGGGCGCUUGCCCCGCGCCUGCAGAGGCCCUGCUCUGUGCUUCACAGGACGCUGCAGCAGUGGGCACCAGGAGCCGAGCCGGCAGAGCCACCGGAGGGGGUCCCCUGCCCAGGGACGCAGCCUGUCGUCCCACACCCUGCGGGAGCCCGGCAGGGGGCCUCCCACCGGCAGCACACAAUCUCGCUGCUGUGGCAUCUGCCCCUUGGUGCCUCACGGGGCCAGCUCCAGAGCAGGAAGCCAGGCCUGCCCAGGAGAGAGCCCCCGGCCAGGCAGAGAGCUUGGGGCCCACACAGGGACGUGUGGGGAAGCCAGAGGAGGGUGCCACAGGGCACGAGAGGCCACACCAGACUCAAGAGCCAGACGGUUCUGGAAAGAGAGGGGCAGCACCAGGGGGCGAGAAGGCUGGGCUGUGUGCAGCAGAGUCCCGGGCACAGGCUGCUCAGGACCGGGCAGGAGGACAGAGGGCAGCAGCCAUGGAGAAGCCCUGCCAGCCCAGGGCCAGGGGCCAGGAGCGGCCACUGGGCCCCUCAGUGAAGCAGGUGAGGAACCUGGCUCAGGAAGGUGGCCCCAAGGCUGACAGGAGCCCGGCCACUCCCUCAGGGACGCCUGGGGCGUCCUGCAGCCUGACCACACAGGGAAGGGUCGGGGGCAUGGUGUCCCAGGCCUGGGGGCAGCCUGACGGCUCAGCUGACAGAGCACGUGCCGCAGGGGCCUGUGGGGAGCCCCAGAGGCCGACGCACAGGGCCAGUGGCCAGGGGGGCCCCAGGGCCCCGCCCCCCACCCCAGGAAGCAGGCUCCUGGCCGGGGGGAGGGCGGCAGCCUCUCGCCCGGAGCCCGCAGGCAGCUCUGCCCAGCCCACACCUGAUGCUGGGGGCUGCCCAGUCCCCCAGCUCCCAGCCCAGACGGGGCUCCCAAACACACCCGGGGCCCAGAGAGACCUGUCCCAGGGUGGCCACCUCAGGUCAGAGCCCCUGGCAAAAUACAAAGCCCAGAGCUUCAGCAGCCAGACGGCCUUCGAUCUGUCCUUCAGGCCCACCUUGCUCAGGGCCAGUGAUACCUUCGAAGCCCCACAGUGAGCCUGGCCGUGAGCCGCCACCAGCCCCCGCAUGGGGCUGAGGUGGCUUCCUGCCUGUGACGUGCUGAGCACCUCCCCCACAGACCGUCCACCCUGCCCUCUCCUGCCCAGGCCCCUGGUCUUGGGAGAGGAGUGUGGCAGGUGGCCUGUCCCUCCCGAGGCCCGACAGCUUCCCUGGGCUCUGAGGCUCCUUUUCAGAAGAGCCAGGUGCCAGCUGCUGCCCUCGCGAGGUCCUUGUGUUGAUGUGCACUGUCACUGGGAAUGUGCCAGCACUCGCUCCUGACCUGGCGGGUGGGCGGCCUUCCCUGCCCUUCACCGUACUCUGGCGCCCUCUGCUCCCCUCCCGUGUCUCUGCCAAGCACCAAAAACAGAGCAGUGGCUGGUGACCUGAGCCAGGCGUGUGGGAAGAAAGGCAGCACUUCCCCACUGCUGGGCCCGGGCCCACGCCAGCUGUGGGGAGGCCAGGAGGCCAGUAGGACGGCAGGACAUUAGGGGCUCUGCUGGAGCCUGCUCCCACGACAGACCCACAGGCCUGGGAAGUGCCUGGGAAGCCAGCCCUGAGGAGCCACCACAGGCUGUCCAUGGCCUGCUGCCCUGCUGGCCUGCUGCCCUGCUGGGCCAGGCCAGUGGCCAUGCACCUCCUGCCUCUGCAGAGUGCACUCAGGCCCAGGGCCCUCAGGGUGGAGCAUCUGCUGACGUGAGGAAGGGUGGGGAGGAAGGAGGCCACCGGCCACAGCCCUGCCUCCGGUCACUGGUGCCCUCUGCAGGUUCUUCUGAGCUGCUCCAUCGGUGUCUCCCAUGGGACACAGCACACAGGCCCCAGGCCACCCAGAGGCCGGGUGCUGCCUGGACCUGCUGAGCUUGGGCUCCCAGAGGUGCUGAGGCGGCAGCUGCCCUGCUGCCCAGGGCUCCGGUUUCUCUGUGGAAAGUUAAUUUCUGCUUUUUGAAGCUUCUUGGUGUUCAGUUCCUUUGCAACUGAGCACUGUCCUAAAGCCCACUCUGGCCCUGGAGAGGGCUCCAGAUGCUCCUGGCCAUCUCUCUUAUUUUCUGAUGGGAACAUCAUUCAGUGAGAGGCAGGUCCACUUGAAGCUGGCAGGACCUCCUGGGUCCUGAGCUCUCCUGGGCCUUCAUGUCUCUCACCCAUGGAGGCUGCGUGUGGGGCCUGGGGUGUGCUGUCCCCUGGGGAGCUGCACCAGGGUUGGGGCUGGCUUCUGGGAGCUCCCCAGCCCGGGGCCCAGGAAGCAGGUGCAGGCUGCUCCCGGGGAGGCCACAGCCAGCCUUGGGAGCUGUAGGAGUGGAGCUGAGCAACGCCUGGAGUCAGGAGGUCACUCCGCCCCAGGGCACCCGGGCAGGGCCACUCCCAUCAUACUAGAGCAAACACUCCAUCUCUCUUAUUGCUUUAUUUAUCCUUUGUUCAGAAAGGAUACGGGGAACCUUGGCCAAAGAAUGUGAGGACAGAAGUGAGAUAAAAAUAGUACAUCCACCAGUGUUCCCUCUAAAAAUACAGCAGCAGCGGCCCUCGCUAUUUUUAAUCAGACCAGAAAGUCCUGGGGAAUGCAGGGCAGGUGGCCACUGGCCCUCCACACAGGCUGCCUGUAGGAGGCCAGCGGCACCCCUGAGCCUGUCCCAGGGAGGCCAGGGGGAGAGCCCAGCAUCAGUGGACGCUGGCUGCAGCUCUGAGUGGGGAAGGGACUCCUCCCUGGAGAGGCCUGAGACCAGCGGUGUGGAAGGGGGGGUGCAAACCAUCCUGAGCCCAGGGAAGAGGGCAGGGCUCCCGGGGACCCCCCUGACCCUGAGCAGCUCUUCACGUCUGCCCAGGUGUUGAAGACCCACGUGUCAGCACUGCCCUCCUGCGCGCCCCUGUGAGGUCAGACGUGGUUAGAAUUUCACGGUUCUUUGCCAUUUCAGCUAUGAUCUUUUAAUGAUGUGUCCAUCCACAGUAUUUAUUAACUUCCUUCUUGGUAUCCUUCUUGGUAGAUAAACAAUUCUAAAAUGGGUCAGUCAGAAAAAAAUAACUAAAUGUGUUUUAUUAUAUCCUUUAAGUUUUUACUAACUUCAUUCAGCUAGAAAUGAUUUUUAAGAAAGAAAAUAGCUGGAUCGGGGAUGUGUUCAAUGGCAGAGGGCUCUUGCAGCACGCAGGCUCUGUGUUCAAUUCCCAGGCUGAAAAAAUAAAGUAUGUCACAAAUCUCUUCCUUGUAUCUGUGAAGGGCUGUACAGGCAGCAGCCAGGGAGCAAGGGCGAGCCCACCAGAGGUGCGGGAAGGGCAGAGGUCAGCAGGGCUCUGGCCCAGGACGCCCCAGCAUGGGUGCAGAUCUUAGUGUGUGCUGGUGGAGGAGGGGACACCUCCCCCAGGUCACCGGGCAGCUCUGUGCCCAUGACGGGCAGCGUGCAGGCAUCUUUCCUGAUCAGCACAGGCCACAGGCAGCACCCUGCUGGUGUGGAGGGACAGCUGGACAGCUGUGGACAGCUGCUUCAGGCCCCACGGAGCCUCCCCAGCCUGUCCAAGUCCAGCUUGAAACAGAGGGUGCUCAGCUCACGCGUGACUGCAGCACAGAAGAAAGCUCAAACCUGUUGGAGAAACAAAGAGCAGAGAAAGCACCGGUAAAGCCAGUGACAGGAGAGCCACAGGCUCACUGCACCAGCAGCCGCACACUUGACACUCAGGACACACACAGACCGAGGCUCAGACGAGGACGCAGGGUGUGCUGCCGGGUCACGAGAAGAAACGGGACGCAGCGCUUCAGGAGAGCCAAGGUCUGGACUCUGCUCGAGGCUCGGAUCCUUUGCUGAUGCGAGUGGAACUCCAGCAAGGCCAGGGAGAGACAGAAAGGCUCUCUGGUUGGGUUGAUCAGCAGAGCCAAGUGGUCACCUCUGGGCAGAGUGGCCAGAGGUGGAGGUCCUGAACAGCCAGGAUGACUUUGGGGGCCGGAAGUAAGCAUGAUCCUGCGCAAUAUCGCCAUCUCUCCUUUUGCCUGCACAAGGUAAAAGGUGCCUGAGAGCAUGCCCCGUCCCCCAGCUCAUAAGCUGCGGAUCUCAGUCCUCGCAGAUGACCUUUGGUCAGGCCUGCUGCCGAGGGCGCUCUCCGAGAGGGCACUGAGCAGGGAGGCAGCUGGGGAAGGCCCUCCUGCCCUGGCUCUAGAGCCGUGGGCACCAAGGUACACUCAACCCUGGGCGCUUGGCCAGCUCUCUGCCGGGCCCCGCCCACCCGCCAGCCUCUGCGGUGGAGAUGCUUCUCCCCAGGUGGCCUGGAAGGGACAGAAUGGGCGUGGGCAGUGGGCUCUGGGCUCCCAGGUCUGCUUGUGACUUGAUGUUUCCUGGUUGUGGAGAGGUUUCGGGGGAAUCGGGGAAGGGACACUUGGCAGAGAGCCUGCAGGCCUUCCCCUCAGUCCAGUGAAGACCCUUUAGCCUGUUCAACGCGACUGUGCAACUGUGCCCCCCCUUUUUGGGGGGUACAAGGAUUGAACCCAGGGGAACUUAACCACUGAGCCACAUCCCCAGCUUUUAUUUUUUAUCCUCCCUUUUUAAUUUUUAUUUUAAGAUAGGGUCUUGCUAAGUUGCUGGCUUUGAACUUGUGGUCCUCCUUCCUCAGCCUCCCAAGUCCCGGGGAUCACCGCUGCACACCACCUUCCCUGGCUAACUUGGACCCUUUCUGUCCACUCUAAUGAAGAUCCAGGGCGCCACCCACAGUAACCCAGCAGAAGACUUCUGGGCACACUUGGCCUUUUCUGCCUUAGCAGCUGAGGUCCACAUGUCCACCACAGGCAGGGACCUGCAAAGAGAGUUCAGUGUGCCUCCGGCCAUCAAACAGGAAGGCUCCAGUUUUUAAAGGAACAGUAAUACCUACCCCAUUCGGGAAUGUGCUGAGACAGGUGAAGCUGAUGGGACCAAACAUCAGCUCUUCUUUUUCAAAAUAAAGCAAUUUGGCAAUAAACCCUUGCUGGGCUCGGUGGCCGGUGCCUGUAAUCUCAAUGGCUCAGGAGGCUAAGGCAGGAGGAUCCAGAGUUUAAAGCCGGCCUCAGCAAAACUGAGGCACUAAGCAACUCAGUGAGACC